GAAGGAGCUGAGUCGGGGUCGCGCCGCGCCGCGCCUGCCUGCCCUUCUAAGCCGGAGACAGAAGGCGGAGGUCAUGCCUGUGUUAGCGGCUCUUCUGCGGCGCGGCGCGCGCGGGCGCGGCCUCCUGCUUCAGAGGCGGGUGCAGGAAAUAAGGUAUGCGGAGCGAAGUUAUGUAUCAAAACCCACUUUGAACGAAGUGGUCAUAGUAAGUGCUACAAGAACACCCAUUGGGUCCUUUCUAGGCAGUCUUUCCUCUCUGGCAGCCACUAAACUUGGUUCCAUUGCAAUUCAGGGAGCCAUUGAAAAGGCAGGGAUUCCAAAAGAAGAAGUGAAAGAAGCAUACAUGGGGAAUGUUCUACAAGGAGGUGAAGGACAGGCCCCUACAAGGCAAGCAGUACUGGGUGCAGGCUUACCUAUUUCUACUCCAUGUACCACUAUAAACAAAGUUUGUGCCUCAGGAAUGAAAGCUAUCAUGAUGGCCUCUCAGAAUCUUAUGUGUGGACAUCAGGACGUGAUGGUGGCAGGUGGGAUGGAGAGCAUGUCCAAUGUCCCCUAUGUAAUGAACAGAGGAGCAACACCGUAUGGUGGGGUAAAGCUUGAAGAUUUGAUUGUAAAAGAUGGACUAACUGAUGUCUACAAUAAAAUUCAUAUGGGCAACUGUGCUGAAAAUACUGCAAAGAAGCUGAAUAUUGCACGAGAGGAACAGGAUACUUAUGCUCUUAAUUCUUAUACCAGAAGUAAAGCAGCAUGGGAAGGUGGAAGAUUUGGAAAUGAAGUUGUUCCUGUCACAAUUACAGUAAAAGGUAAACCAGAUGUAGUGGUGAAGGAAGAUGAAGAAUAUAAACGUGUUGAUUUUAGCAAAAUUCCAAAGCUGAAGACGGUUUUCCAAAGAGAAAAUGGUACAGUAACAGCUGCCAAUGCCAGCACACUGAAUGAUGGAGCAGCUGCUGUGGUUCUGAUGACUGCAGAUGCAGCUAAGAGGCUCAACGUUAAACCACUGGCAAGAAUAGCAGCAUUUGCUGAUGCUGCUGUAGAACCUAUUGAUUUUCCAAUUGCACCUGCAUAUGCUGUUCCUAAGGUUCUUAAAGAUGCAGGUUUGAAAAAAGAAGAUAUUACUAUGUGGGAAGUAAAUGAAGCCUUUAGUUUGGUCGUACUGGCAAACAUUAAAAUGCUAGAGAUUGAUCCCCAAAAAGUGAAUAUCAACGGAGGAGCUGUUUCUCUUGGACAUCCAAUUGGGAUGUCUGGAGCCAGAAUUGUUGUCCAUUUGGCUCAUGCGUUGAAGCAAGGAGAAUAUGGUCUUGCCAGUAUUUGCAACGGAGGAGGAGGUGCUUCUGCCAUGCUGAUCCAAAAGCUGUAGACGACUUCUGUUGUCUAAGGCGACAACCCUAUGUAGCUAGAAAGGGCUGCUGUAAUCAGGGUGACUUCUGUCAAAAUAAUCGGGUCCGCCUGUAUCAGAACAAUUUAUUUAAAUUUUGAUUAUUUUCAACUGUUUUAAAAAAAUAAGGUAAAAAGAUAAAAUCCUAAAACCUUUUGAGAUUAUAGAAGUUUUUUCUUCUUUACAUUUUUUAUAAUGUUGAACAGAUUUUUGUUAUAAAGCUAUAUUAUUUGAAAUACCAUUGUGCGUGAUUAUGUUAGUGACUUAUAAGUAGAAGCUUCCAUGUUAGAGA